UAUUCGUACCUUUUGCAUUUAUCAACUUACAACUCAGUCACACAUAAAUAAUGCUGCUAAAAUGGCUAUAUCUCGGUUUGAUCUUAAUAGUUAUUACACCUCAGAUUAGCACUUAUAGAGCAAUAUGCGUUUUGCCUAAAAAUACUGGCAAAGGUGCGAUUUGGAAAAUUCGCUGGUAUUACGAUAGAAAUUGGAGAGCCUGUCGAAAAUUUAGAUUCAAUGGAAAACGUAUCAGUGGAAAUGGAAAUGCAAAUAACUUUGCAACUUGGUGGCAUUGCAAAAAGAAUUGUCCAUAAAUUUGUAAUAUUGAAUAUUUCAUAAUAUUUAAGUUACAUGUAUAGUACGUAACAAUCAGGUUAUAUUUGAAUUGAAUUUUUAAGUUUCACCGAAACCGUAUACUUCUUUCUCACCUGCUUUUGUUUACUUUUACAAAUGCCUAAAAAGGCAGUUUAAGUGCAUGACGAAUGAUUAGAAGCAAACAACUAACACAAUAUUUGGCUAUCAUAGGCAAUAUAAGACAAACACUGGUGUUUGUUCUAUACCACCUGAUUUAAUAUAGCUCUCUAGUUCGAAAACAAUUGUUGCUGGCAUAAAAGUUGUCAAUAGCUUUUUAUUCUUGUUAGUUUCAAUUUUAUCACCAUGCUGUUCAAAAUAUCGUGUCUCCUCAUUCUUUUCGUGCUCUGUCUGCAGCAGAGUCAUUCGAUCAAACGCAGAUGCCUCCAGCCACUGGAUGUGGGCAAAGGCAAGGCCUAUCUGCGCAAUUGGUUCUACAACUCCACAUCGCAGAAGUGCCAAAGGUUCAUCUUCUAUGGAGGUGCGAGCAAUGGCAACAACUUCCAUACCCAAGCUCGAUGUCGCAAAAUUUGCCUAGCCCCAGUUUCUCUGCCAAUUAAUUUGAACUCCACUGGCGCUUGAAAAGAACAACGAUUCGAAUCAAACAAUAACUAAUAAAUGAGACUUAAGUACGCUAAGGCCAGUUGA